UUUCAACGAACUUUGCUGCUGUCGGCUAUGCCGACCUUGCUCUAGUGUUGGCUACAGCAGUUAUGGCCCUUGUUCUAUCUGAAUGGUAUGGUGUUAUAGGAGAGUAAAUCAUCUGCCGUAUGCCGUGGCUGUCCUCGCGAACAAAUUCAUACAUGGACUGCCCUUUUUGUAAAUGGUGUAACUGCAAAAACUAUUUUGUUUAUAUUUAGAUUUAUACGUCUGUAGCUAUAUAUUUCGGACGUCUGCAAUUUAUUAUUUAAGGUUAAUUAACUUAAUUAACUAUCAAAUUAAAUAACGCAAAUGUGAUUAUUUAUUUUUUUAGAUUUAUGAUUUAAUAUUACUUAAACUAAACAUGUUAUUUAGAAGUGGGAAUGGUUAGACGUAUGUUUAUUUGGCAAGUCUGUUCUCCCCUUAUUAAAACCAGGAGUAAGGCACGGUUAAGAAAAAAAAUGUUUUCAUUGGGUUUUGGGUUUGACAAGGAAGUCAAUGUUUUAUGGCGCAGGGAUCAGCCACGGCAUAAAUAAACGUACGUCACACGGCUUUGUUUGUGCUGUUUCCCCACAUGUGUUGCGGGCAAGCUUUGCCUCAACACAUACCUGUGACAGUCAGCGUAGGCUUAUGUCUAACGGUUGAUUGCGAGAGAGAGAGAGAGA